CUGCCUGGGUUCGUGGUCCUGAGGAGAGCUUUGUUCCGUCCACCUUUGUGCAUUUUGGAGACAAAUAUGUUAAAACUGAGGUCUUUUGUUCACCAGCGGCUGUACGCAGCAGCAGAGGACAUUCUGGGAGAAGUGGAGAAAAUUUUAACGUUGGCUUUGUAUGAAGCGGACGUACAACGACCGAACCCGGAGCCUGACGGUCAACGACCAGAACCGAGCCGUCCGCCGCUGAUAUCAGAGCCUCCACUGAUCAACAGUGAUUUUCCUGAGGAGAAGACACUGCAUACCUCGACCCCACCAUUGACACACGAAGAGUCUAACUUUAGUAAGGCUGUGUUCCCGGGCCCCUCUAAAACCAUCGAAGAAAGACACAUUGUCCAGAUUGACUUUGAGAUAAAAGAGGAGCAGGAGGAACACGGACGGGACAGCCAGUCACUGGAGGUUAUUUGUCCUCAUUCUAAAGUGGUGAAAACAGAACAGCUGGAGAAUCAAGUGUUGGAUGAAAUUCAGCUGUUUUCUUCAGACGGUUGUGAAGCUGAGACUGAAGGCAGUGGCAGUGAUGAGGACUGGGUGCAGAAUAAAGAAGCACAGAUGUAUAUAGAGAGGCAAAUCACUUCUGGAAACUCUUCAGCUAAAAGUCAUAGAGACUACCAUGUUUGUCCUGCAUGUGGAAAAGCUUUCCAGUACAUCCGUCCCUUUGUGAAGCACAUAAAAAAACACAGGAACAAUGAGUCUAUUAGGGAGCUUCUAAAAAGUCUGCAAAGUUUUAACAGUCAAGCUUUUAUUUGUGAUUUUUGUGGCAAGAGGUUUACCUCAUCAGGUGGUCUAAAGGUGCAUUCAAAGAUACAUGCAGGGAUAAAAGACUUUAAAUGCCAAGUUUGUGGGAUAACCUUCGUCCAAAAGGGGAACCUUAUGUCACAUUUGAGGACCCAUUCAGGGGAGAGACCGUUUGCAUGUGAUAUUUGUGGAAAAGCUUUCAGCCAGAAACAGAAUCUCACAGUUCACAGGAGGAGGCACGCAAAGAGAGAUGGAAUCAUUCUGGAUCAGUGGGGAAACAACACCACAGUAUUUCCCUAAAAACGCAACAAAAGACACUUUCUGAGACUGAAACUGAGAAACCUUCUGUAAAAAAAAAAAAAUGCUCCAAGAGAAAGUUAGUUUGUUAUGAUUUUGCACACACAGUCGAUUACAUUGAUUGGGAAAAGCCCAUGAGGGUAGAAGAUUGAAUUCACAAUAGCUUGUACUGUUCGUGCCAUUUUCAUCAGAUAAAGCUUGUUGCAAUGUUUGUUUAAUGUGUUUUUUUCCAUCUGCAUGUGGAAUGAAUAAUGGGUAAAACCAAUAAAAAAAAUCUAUCCUGUCAUGCCAUGUCCUGAGGACACAAAUGUUCUGAAUAAAAGUUCCAAAUGUU